AUUUGCAUACAGUCCCUAUAAGAGGAGGGCGCGCAGAGUGCCUUUCAAUCCGCUUCCGUGGGCUUUCGAGCAGAGUUACUGUGAGGUUGUUUAUAAUGCCUGAGCCGGCCAAGUCCGCUCCCGCGCCCAAGAAGGGCUCCAAGAAAGCGGUGACCAAGACCCAGAAGAAAGGAGACAAGAAACGGCGCAAGAGCCGUAAGGAGAGCUACUCCAUCUACGUGUACAAGGUGCUGAAACAAGUGCACCCCGACACUGGCAUCUCGUCUAAGGCCAUGGGCAUCAUGAACUCCUUCGUCAACGACAUCUUUGAGCGCAUCGCCGGCGAAGCCUCUCGCCUGGCGCACUACAACAAGCGCUCCACCAUCACCUCGCGGGAGAUCCAGACGGCCGUGCGGCUGCUGCUGCCCGGCGAGCUGGCCAAGCACGCUGUGUCUGAGGGCACCAAGGCUGUCACCAAGUACACCAGCUCUAAGUAAGGCGUUUCUGUGCUCUCAGACUUGCUCUAC